UCCUCCAGUCAUAUUUUGGGCGAAAUAUUUUGAAGGGGGCGUGGCUCUGGCUGCAAGAGCUCGGAAGGGGCGGGGCUGGGACCGGGCUCGCUGUGACGGCUGGAGGAGCUACUGGACACGUGGGCGCCGGCAGGCUCGGGGAGCCCGGCCCCCGAGCGGCUCUGGAGCCCGACUCCAUGCUGGUGGUGGAGGUGAAGGCGGGCCAGGCCCUGGUGUGGAGCGCCGAGGCUGCCCAGGCGCUGCGGGAACGGCUGGGCGUGGGGGGCCGGCCCGUGGGGAGCCUGGCUCGGGGACCCCGGCAGAACGCGCGGCUCGGCCUCCCGCUGCUGCUGCUGCCGGAGGAGGCCCGCCUGCUGGCCGAGAUCGGCGCCGCCACGCUCGUCACCGCACCGCGCCGAGAAUCCGGCCGGCAAGCCCAGGCUGCGGCUGUUUACCGGCAGGAGCAGGAGGCUGGGUUCCGGGAGCAGCGGGCCCUGGCGGCCGAGGCCCGGCAGAAGCGCCUGCAGGACCUGGCGGAGCACAUUGCCCAGGGCCGGGCCAAGAAACAGCGGGGGCCUGCGGAGUCGGGGCAAGGAGAGGAGGCAGGUGAGGUGGAGGGCCUUUGGGGGAGGGGGCGGGGUCCCUGCAGCCGUUCCACCUCUCCCGCCUUGCUCUUCCCCUUCCCCCAGCAGGCCUGCAGCCCCCUUCCAGAGACUGCCAUGCUAGUCCAACUGCCCACGGCGCGCCCCCGACCAGCCUGGGCCAGGCCCCUGGACUGGCACCACCCGUCCCCAGAUUGGCCCCAUGCUGGAAACCCGGCUCAUGAGCUUCGGUACCGAGUCUACAAGGACCUGUGGGAAAGGGGCUACUUCCUCACCUCCGGGGGCAAGUUUGGGGGCGACUUUCUGGUCUAUCCAGGAGACCCCCUUCGCUACCACGCCCACUUUGUGGCCCAGUGCUGUGCCCCCGGGGACCCCCUCCCGCUGCCGGAUCUCGUCUGUGCCGGACGUCUUGGGACCAACGUGCGCAAGACCCUGCUCCUGUGCUCCCCCCAGCCGGACGGCUCUGUGGCCUACACCUCCCUGCACUGGGCUGGCCUGCCGUGAUUGGGGAGGGGGCCGGAGGCCUGGCCCCAGCCUUUGGACCGGCUCCUGGUGCCAAAUGAACCCAGAUGUGCUCCUUGGACUGCGCAAGGAGAGGGGGAGCCACCUUUUACUGCUUAACCCGAAUUAAAACCUCCCGAUGGGCGCUGACCCUGGGGGCUGGGCCCUUCCAGGAGGCUGAGUCAGCUCCAGCCUUCCCUAGAGCUUCCCUCUGGCCUCAGUCCCCUCACCCUUAAAAUGGGGACUGCAGGAAGAGGCCUGGGCCUUCUCUUCCCCUGUUACAUUAAUCCUGAGACAGACAGCUAAAUGUUGCCUUGCUGGGAGGGAUCCUGAAGACCUGAGUUCUACUGUGCCCUCAGACCCGUUCUGGCUGUGUGGUCCCGGGCAAGUCAUUUCCCUUUGUUCUGAGCCAGGAAAAGGGGCUAAUCCCUAUUUCCCAGGGUUGCUGUAGAGAAGAGCUGAGAUCAUUACUGGAAAGCACUUCCGGCAGUGACUGGCACGCAGUAGGUGUGGUAGAAAUGGUGGCAUUUAGCCGUUCUUGUCUUCACGUGUGGACAUUCUGGGCCCUUCUCCCUCCUGUUUGUCCCUCUCUGGGACCCUGGGAGCAGCCUAGCCCCAGAGCCCUUGCUGAGUCCAGAGACAAUCUGCUGAACACGACGUUGCCCCAUUGUUUGUUUUGUUUUUAAACUUUAUUUUAAUACUACAUUAUUUUUCCAAUCACAUUCUCUUGUUGUCGUGGUUGUCGCAGAUUCUUUUUUUUUUUCAUUAAACUUUUAAUAGUGCUUUGUUUUCCCAAA